CAGCUGUGAAAGAAAUUGUAAAAUUUAUCGUGUAUAUAUAUGCUUAAUUAUUUAUCUCUCUAUAGAAUCCCAUAAGCGCACUUCCCUCCCCUUAAAUACCUUUAACACCUAUGACAUAACUUUCAAACAAGUUCCAUAUCCCAUCAACAAUUAGAGAAAAGUUUCAAGUUUCAGACUUUCAGCCAUGUCUAUCACAGCACUUUCAGACCCAGAUAAGUUUUACAAGAAAGCUUUCCACCGAAGGAAUGAUUCUGGUGAGCUUCAUGUGUUUGAGGCUGCAAGGUACUUCUCUGGAUACAAUGAAGCUGUUGAAGGCUACAACAGUGCAGCUUUUACUCAGAAAAUUACGAGAGAAGAGAGGCUACAAGGUUACAAAGGAGGUAGAAUGAGCUUAGAUGUGCCAAUGAGAAACUCAAACUCUCUUCCUCAACAAUCUCAUCAUGGAGUACAAGUACUGGAAAAGCAAAUGAUCAUGAAAGAAAAGAAGUACAAGCAACCAAGCUCUCCAGGUGGGAGGCUAGCUAGUUUCUUGAACUCACUUUUCAGUCAAUCAGCUUCCAAGAAGAAGAAAUCAAAAUCCACCACACAGUCUAUGAAAGAUGAAGAGGAAAGCCCUGGUGGAAGAAGGAAAAGGAGGAUUAGCAUUAGUCAUUUUAGAAGCUCAAGUACUGCGGAUUCCAAGUCCAUAUACUCUUCUUCAAGUUCAGGUUUUAGAACACCUCCUCCAUAUGCACAAACUCCUACUAAGAGCUACAAGGAUUUAAGAAGCUAUUCAGAUCAUAAACAUGUGGUUUCUUUGCCAAAGUACAAUAAUGAUGGACAGGUAAGAUCCACAUCCUUGCACAAUGAGGUCUUGGAUGAUCAGAAAUUCAAAUUGAGCAAUGGGAUUUCAGAGAAAUGCAAGAAUCUUGGUAAUGGGUUUUCACAGAAAGAUAGGAUUUGGUUGGAAAAAUGUCCAUCAGAUGAAAAGGAUUUCAGGAAGUUCAGUGAGGUAGAUGAUGGUGCAGAAAGUGAUUCAAGCUCUGAUCUUUUUGAGUUGCAAAACUAUGACUUGGGUUACUACUCAAGUGGUUUGCCUGUCUAUGAAACUACCAACAUGGAUAGCAUCAAGAGAGGAGCACCAAUUUCCAAUGGUCCUCUAUGAUAUACUGUAUAUUUCCCCCUUGUUGUUUGGUUGUUACUUCUUGUUGAUGUUUAGAAGCUGUGAGAAAGAAAAUCUACUAGAUUUUGCUGCUGCUUCUUCCUUCUUUUCUUUUUUACUCUUAUCUUCUUUGAAAGUUUUUGCAGUGCUUUUUUGCUGUAUGUACAGUUUGGAAUGUUUGUUUGUCCUUCAA